AUGGAUGUACCUGCAAUACCAGAACAAACUUCCGUGCAAUUUCGUAAAUGUUCAAAGUGUUUAAACGAUUCUUGUAAAAAUAUACAAGUUUUUCUAAGAUUUUUCGAACCUUUACCAGAAAAUUUAGUUAUAGAUAUAGAAUACAAAAUUAGAGAAAUUGUGCGGACAAUAACAAUAAUAGAAACGUCAAUAAAUAUUAGUCGAGAAUGCGAAAAACAAGAAUUUAUUAUUUGUAAAAAUUGUGAAAUAGAAUUUCACUUGAUAUGUAAAUUAACUUACAAUGUAGUGUUAGAUAAACACGAUUAUGCAACUGCUUUUGAUGAAUCUAACCGUCCAAUAUCAUGGGAAAACAGUUUGAUGAAUUAUUUAAAUGAAGUACUUCGAACUGGCAAAUUCAGUGACAUCACUAUUUAUGUUGAAGGUAAAAAAUUUAACGUACAUUCUCCGAUAUUGUCUCAUUAUCCUUAUCUUAAGUCAUUAAUAAUUAAAGCCAAGAGCGAAAAUCAAAACAGAUUAGUUUUAGAAAAUAUCACGCCAGAUGUAUUUGAAAAAAUAUUAACUUACAUCUAUACAGGAGAUGAAUCUGGUCUAAAUGCAUAUGAACUGAUAAUACCUGCUCAUCAAUUGCACAUUGAUGAUUUGGUAGAGAAUUGUGCUAAGAUAAUACAAAUGGAAAUGAAUGUAAAUAAUGCAAUUGAUACAUAUAUUCUAGCUGAUACAAUUGAAGCGUAUGAGUUAUAUUUAGAUGCUAAAAGAUUUAUAAUAAAGAAUUUUAAUGUAAUUAAGGAAAUGGAGAGCUGUGAAAAUUUAAAAGUAAAUCAUCAAAAGUUAUACAACGAUCUUUUAGAUGAAGUACUCGUAGAUGGAUAG